UUAUUGAAACUGGUCAGAAUCUCAGUCUCCGCGAUAGCAGAGAGAUAGCGGAUAGACAUACUGGGGGCCAUGCUGCUUCGCCUUCGUCCCAUGACCGCCGCGACCACCACCGUCGUCCGCCCCCAUCUUAGCCCUCGCCUUUCUUUCUUCUUCCACUCCUCUCCCUCGAUUCUCUCCUCGUCGCCGAUCGCCAACUUUCGCCCGCACCGCCGGAGAAUCUUCCCGUCGAGAUGGAGUCCUCGCCGGAGUCUCACCACCGCCGCCUCUUCCGCCGGACAAGACUGGAAAGAUCAUGCUGAAACCAUUGAAGAACGAUAUGAUGUCAUUGUAGUAGGGGGAGGGCAUGCAGGGUGUGAAGCUGCACUUGCAUCUGCUCGUCUUGGUGCUCGGACUCUUCUUCUUACCCUCAAUAUAGAUCGCAUAGCAUGGCAGCCUUGCAAUCCAGCAGUUGGUGGUCCUGCAAAAUCUCAAUUGGUGCAUGAAGUAGAUGCUCUUGGUGGUGAAAUAGGGAAGAUUGCUGAUAGAUGCUACUUACAGAAGCGUAUUUUGAACCUUUCAAAAGGUCCUGCUGUUCGAGCAUUGCGUGCUCAGACUGAUAAGAGGGAAUAUGCUAUGGAAAUGAAAAAAGUUGUUGAAAGCACCUCAAAUCUUUUCAUCAGAGAGGCUAUGGUCACCGAGAUCUUGGUAGGCAAGAAUGAUAAUGUGGAAGGUGUUCAGACAUUUUUUGGCAUGAACUUCUAUGCUCCAUCCAUUGUGCUGACAACGGGCACAUUUAUGAGCGGUAAGAUUUGGGUGGGUAGAACAUCAAUGCCCGCAGGACGGGCUGGGGAGUCAGCUUCUCAGGGACUUACUGAAAGCUUGCAGCAUCUGGGUUUUGAAACUGACCGCUUGAAGACUGGAACUCCUGCACGAGUUGACUACCGCAGUGUUGACUUCUCUGGUUUGGAACCCCAGCAUGGUGAUGAAGAGGUCAGUUGGUUUAGCUUUGAUCCUGAAUACCAUAUAGAAAGAGAACAAAUGUGCUGCUACCUGACCCGUACAACAAAAGAUACCCACCAGCUUAUUAGAGACAACUUGCAUGAAACACCAACUUAUGGUGGAUGGGUAGAAGCAAAGGGGCCGAGGUACUGCCCGUCGAUUGAAGAUAAGAUAGUGAGAUUUCAAGAUAAAGAUUCCCAUCAAAUUUUUCUUGAGCCCGAGGGCCGAAAUGUUCCUGAGCUUUAUGUGCAGGGAUUUUCAACUGGUUUGCCUGAGAGGCUGCAAUUAGCUCUCUUACGAACAUUACCUGGACUUGAAAAUUGUUUGAUGCUGAGACCUGCCUAUGCUGUGGAAUAUGACUACUUGCCUGCUCACCAGUGCUCCAGAUCUCUUAUGACAAAGAAGUUUGAAGGGCUGUUCUUUUCUGGUCAGAUUAAUGGAACAACAGGCUAUGAAGAAGCUGCUGCUCAGGGUCUUAUUUCAGGAAUUAAUGCUGCCAGGCAUUCGUAUGGGAAAUCUGUUAUUAUUCUUGAGAGAGAAAGCUGUUUUAUAGGUACUCUAAUAGAUGAUCUUGUUACUAAAGACCUACGGGAGCCUUACCGCAUGUUAACAAGUCGCUCAGAAUACCGAAUACUUCUUCGUGCUGAUAAUGCGGAUAGCCGGUUAACACCUUUGGGACGGGAGAUUGGUUUAAUAGAUGACAGGCGUUGGAAUUUAUACCAAUCUAAGCAAGCUCAUAUUUUGGAGGAAAAAGAACGUCUAAAGGCUGUGCGGGUUUCUGGUGGUGAUUUUGCUGCUGAGGUUUCUCGUUUAUCUGGACAACCGGUCAAAGACUCUUCUAGUCUGGAGAGCCUCUUAAAGAAACCACAUAUACAAUAUAAAGUUCUUGACAAGCAUGGUUAUGGAAACAAGCUUUUGUCCAGGAUUGAGAAAGAGUGUGUGGAGAUUGAUAUAAAAUACGAGGGCUUUAUUGCACGUCAGCGGAGCCAACUUCAACAGAUUCUUAAUCAGCAACAUAGAAGGCUCCCUGAAGACUUGGAUUACCAUUCAAUGAGAACUUUAUCUUUAGAAGCACGUGAGAAACUUUCCAAGGUCAGGCCACAAACAAUAGGUCAAGCAAGCAGGGUCGGUGGUGUGAAUCCUGCUGACAUCACAGCUCUCCUUAUUUAUCUAGAAGCCAGUUGCAGGAAGUCCACUGAAAAGAAAAGGCAGGAGUUGCUGAGAUCCAUUCCAACUGAAGCCGAUGGAACUGGCUCUUCUUUAGCUACAGCUGCACAGGCCUAAAUAGAUGCAUACAUUAAUUUCCUUCAUAUUCUAUCCCCUCUUAUACAGGUGAUCAAAUACAUUUCAGUGUGAUCUCCAGUCUCCUACAAUUGAUGAAACUUAUUCAGAUUAAUAGUUCUCCAGUCACAUUUUAAUUAUAUUUCCUAGCUGGCAAGACCUGGUAUAAUAGCCUGAAUUUAUUGAGUUAUUAGUGACAGGAAAUGCUUGCUUGGUCACCUUGUUUCUGUUUUUGAAAGUCACGUGUACUUAACUAAUGUACAGAAAAGACAGUUAAUCUGUAUUUUUCCCACUCAUUUAUUGAGUUAAUUAGUGACAGCAAAUGCUAACUUGGUCACCUUGUUUCUGUUUUUGAAAGUCACAUGUACUUGACUAAUGUACAGAAAAGACAGUUAAUCUGUAUUUUUCCCACUCAUUCUUUCCAAAUGUAUUUUCCCCUUCAGUGUGCACAAAGCUACAAAACCAUUUAGAAAGCUCCUGUAGUUAAGUUGCU